CUGGGCCGCCCAGACAUGGUGUUCCUGUUCGAGCCGCGGCUCGUGGAGCAGGUGUUCCGCGACGAGGAGGACAUGCCGCACCGCCCCUCCAUGCCGACCCUUGACCGCUACAAGCACGUGCUGCGGCGUAGCUUCUUCGGCGACUGCCCCGGCCUCAUCGCCGUCCACGGGCAGAAGUGGCACGACUUCAGGAGCAAAGUGCAGCAGCUCAUGUUGCAGCCGCGCAUUGUCAACUUGUACAUCAAGCCCAUAGAAGAGACCGCGAAAGCCUUCGUUGAAAGGGCUCGUUCUUUGAGAGAUUGUAAUGGGGAAAUGCCUGACGACUUUCUGAACGAACUACACAAGUGGUCUCUUGAAUGCAUGGCCCGCGUGGCGCUGGACGCGCGGCUGGGCUGCCUGGAGCCAGGCGCCGCGACGCCCGGCUCGGAGACGCAGCGCCUGAUCGACGCCGUGACGACCUUCUUCUCGCUGGUGGGCGAGCUGGAGCUGAGGGCGCCGCUGUGGCGGCUGCUGCCCACCCCCGCGUGGCGGCGCUUCGUGCGCAGCCUGGACACCAUCGCCAGCAUCGCGGGCGGCCACGUGGAGGCGGCGCUGGAGCGGCUGGAGCGGCGAGGCGGCCACGCGGAGGCCUCGCUGCUGGAGAGACUGCUGGAGCGCGACCAGGACCCACGCGUCGCCGCCGUCCUCGCCGUCGACAUGUUCCUGGUGGGCAUCGACACGACGUCGGCGGCGGCGGCCUCGGUGCUGUACCAGCUCAGCCUGCACCCGGAGCAGCAGCGGCGCCUGCACCAGGAGGUGUCCCGCGAGCUGGGUCCCGGGGACCCGCCCCUGACGGCCGCGGCGCUCGACCGCCUCGUCUACCUCAAAGCCUGCGUCAAGGAGACCCUGAGGAUGUACCCGGUGGUGAUCGGCAACGGGCGCUGUCUGACCAGAGACUCGGUGAUCGCCGGCUACAGGAUCCCCAAAGGGACGCACGUGGUGUUCCAGCACCUGGUGAUGAGCGGGCUGGAGAGCCACUUCCCGGAGGCGGGCAGCUUCCGGCCGGAGCGCUGGCUGGCCCCCGGAGCCCGCCCCCGGCCCAGCCCCUUCGCGGCGCUGCCCUUCGGCUUCGGCCGCCGCAUGUGCGUGGGCCGCCGCUUCGCGCAGCUCGAGAUACACGCGCUCGUCGCCAAGAUGGUGCAAGCCUUCCGUUUGGAGUACCACCACCGGCCCCUCGAGUACAGGGUGCACCCCAUGUACACCCCUGACGGCCCGCUGAGACUGCGCCUGGUGCCCCGGCAGAGGAGGUCUCGCCAGCAGGUCUGCUGCUAUUGGCCGGCGAUGGGCGCCUGGCGGCCCGCGUGGUGGGGCCGCUCCGCCGGGGGCGCGCGCCCGGGACACGCGCGGCCCUACGAGGACAUCCCCGGGCCGCGCCCCCUACCGCUGCUCGGCAACACGUGGCGCCUGCUGCCGCUGGUGGGCGAGUACCAGGUGUCGGACGCGGCGCGGGUGUCGCAGCUGCUGCAGCGGCGCUACGGCGACCUGGUGCGCCUGUCCGGCCUGGUGGGGCGGCCCGACCUGCUGUUCGUGUUCCACGCCGACGAGACGAUGCGCGCGUACCGCUGCGAGGGCGCCACGCCCUUCCGGCCCUCCAUGCCCUGCCUCGUGCACUACAAGGGCGUGGUGCGCCGCGACUUCUUCGGCCGCCUGGCGGGCGUCGUCGGCGUGCACGGGGAACCGUGGAGGGAGUUCCGCUCCAGAGUGCAGAGGCCGCUGCUGCAGCCUCGGACCGUGAGGCAGUACGUGGCGCCCAUAGAGGACGUCACCCGCCAGUUCCUCAGCAGGAUGUGUGAGCUGAGGGACGAAAACAAUGAGACUCCUGAGGACUUCGACAACGAGGUCCACAAAUGGUCGCUGGAGUGUAUCGGCCGCGUGGCGCUGGACGCCAGGCUGGGCUGCCUGGACGCCGACCUGCCGCCCCACUCGCGGCCGCAGAGGAUCAUCGACGCCGCCAAGUUCGCGCUGAGGAGCGUCGCGCUGCUCGAGCUGCGAGCGCCCUUCUGGAGGUUCCUGCCGACGCCGCUCUGGACCCGCUACGUCCGCAACAUGGACUUCUUCGUCGGGAUCUGCUCCGAGUACAUCGAGGAGGCGCUGCGGCGCCUGGACAGCAAGCGGCGGGCCGGGGGCAGCACCGGCGAGCUGUCCCUGCUGGAGCGGGUGCUGGAAGAGAACCCCGACCAGAAGGUGGCCACCGUGCUCGCGCUCGACCUCAUCCUCGUCGGCAUAGACACGGUGUCGAUGGCCGUGUGCUCGCUGCUGUACCAGCUGGCCACCAGGCCUCGCGAGCAGCUGAGGAUCCACCAGGAGCUGGUGGGGCUGCUGCCGGACCCCGACACCCCGCUCAGCCCGCAGCUGCUCGACAAGAUGGUCUACCUCAGGGCCUUCGUCAAGGAGGUGUUCAGGAAGUACUCUACAGUGAUUGGGAACGGUAGAACAGUUCAGGAAGAUACUGUCAUAUGCGGAUAUCACGUACCAAAAGGCGUGCAGCUGGUGUUCCCCACGCUGGUGACGGGCAACAUGGAGCGCUACGUGACGGACGCCGCGCGCUUCGCCCCCGAGCGCUGGCUCAAGGACACCGGCCCGUGGCGCAUGCACCCCUUCGCCUCGCUGCCCUUCGGCCACGGCGCGCGCAACUGCCUGGGCAAGCGGUUCGCCGACCUGGAGAUGCACGUGCUGCUGGCCAAGCUGCUGCGGUCCUACCGGCUGGAGUACAACCACGAGCCCUUGCAGUACAAGGUGACCUUCAUGUACGCCCCGGACGGGCCCCUGCGGUUCAAGGUCACGCCCCGCUGACGAUAGGGCCCGUCUUCGCAGCGAGACCGGCAGCUGGCAGCAAACACCCUUUCGUCAAGUUAUACACACGCCAAGAACACAAGACAUGCAGAUGCCGAUACCCCAUUCACGAAAUGCACAAGACGUAGAAACGCAGCACAAACAUUUGACGGCUCUCAACUUCCUUACUUCAAGUUCCUAAAACUUUCGACGACACAGAAAUAACUUGUAUGGACGGCUAUGAUAUUGCAUUAUUAUAUGCAUUACGUGUCGACUUUUCAAACUUUCUCACUGUGAAAUAAAAUGUUAUUAAAAUCACCUUUUUUUUAAAUGUCAAAUGUUUUCUUGAUAAACAUGAAUUAUUAAAAUAAGCCCAUAGGGAAAUUUAAUUUGCUUAUGUUUUAUAAUUUCAAGUUGUAGGCUUGAUAAUGUUUUGUGACUUUCGUGGUUUACGAACGACUGUGUUUUUCUUACAUCAUUACGUUAUUUGCAUUGUUUAUAAACCAAGCCUAAGUGUACAGUUACAGUUGAUGCAUGUUUUGAUGUAAAGAGGUUCUGAUGAAGUUGAACAACGCGAAUAAAAAGGAAGGGUUUACACUGUC